AUGCCAGCGGCCAAGGAUGAGCAGAGCCAGGGGCUGGCGUCGGCGCCACGGCGGCAGAGGUCCGGCUCGAUCUCCUCCCUGAUCCCCCGGGUGUCCACGCCGGGGAAGUCGCUGGUCUCGCGGCUGCGGCCAUGGAGCGCCCUGGGGGGCUCGCGGGCGUCGUCCUCGAGAGACACAUGCCAGCAGCAGCAGCAGCCGGCCGAUCUCCCGGACGAGCGGAGUGCGGAGCGCAGCCAGUCGGAGUUCGCGCAGCAGCUGCUGGCGGGCGUGUACAAGAGGAGGCUGCCCGAGCACGAGGCGGCCGCGGUGCUCGAGGCCUGUCCAGAGAUCGAGUGGCUGGCGGACCGAGUGCGCGUGGCGGACACCUUUGCCGCCAGGGUGGCGCAAGAUAUUCGACGACCAGGGCCGUGCUCAAUACCUAUGCGAAGAGACAGGAGGCGUAUCAAGGAGACGCGCUGCCACAUUUCGGAAAGUACGUGUAUUUGGCCAAGGUCAUGGCCCACGUCAGGACGGGCAGCGCACAAGCUGCCAACGCUAUCGAGUGGCUGCGUUUGGUGGCCGACGAGGCGCAGUCGGAGGCCGACUCCCUGA